CUUUCUGUUUUUCUCCACACAAAUGCUUUUCACGAGAGAGAGAGAGAGAGAGAGAGAGAGAGAGAGAGAAUUCAGAAGCAUGAGUCUGGGACUUGUCUCCGUCACUGCUUCAGCUAGAAAACAAGCAACCAAAAAGAACCCCCAUCAGUUCGUGAAGCAUGGAAGUGAAGCGAGGGAGAGAGAGAUCAAUAUAUGUUGGAAUGAUUAGUUUAUUAGUGUCCCAAUGAUUGAGCUCUCCUUGCAUCGAGAGAGAACUUGCCCAGAAUCUCACAAAUCAACUCCGAAAAACUAGCAUCGAAGAACAAGAGACUCACGAAGAGAUGAAGCCCAUGAACAGUGAUGACGGAAAGAGCAGUCACUGGUUGGGCUUCUCGCUCUCUCCUCACUUGAACAUGGAGGUCUCCCUCUCAUCGUGCCACCGCCAACUGCAGAAUCAAGCACCUACUGACUCUGCAUUUGGACUCUCGACUCCAAACCUUGACUAUGGCCUGUUGAAUGGAGUUGCAGGUGAAAGCUUUUGCUCAUGCUCUGCAUUGUCUGUAAUGCCACUCAAGUCUGAUGGUUCUCUUUGCCUAUUGGAAGCUCUCCACAAGUCACAGGCUCAAGCUUGUGCUACUCCACAACUGGAGGACUUCUUCAGUGGUGCAACUGUAAGCCAUGACUCAGAAAAGUUGUACCACCCGGAAGACCCACAAGAUCAUGAGCACAACCACGAAAAUCACCUCAACCACAUCUAUUGGAGAAGGCAACACCAAUCCCAAACCCCAUGCCAACAGUACUGCCAUCUCUGCUCUGAAGCAUUCGCAAGUCGUGACCUGCUUCAUCAAAUUCCUUCGAACAAUGCAUUGGAGAUCAAGAUGAUGAAUGGAAGCAUGAUGGGUCAUGUCGGGUCGGGAUCUUUUCCUGUCACCACAGUGGCAUCUGGUGAUUCGCACUCGUUGAGCUUGUCGAUGAGCCCUCAAUCACAGCCGGGCUCCAUCACAAGCUCGCGGCAGAUAGCCGACACAAUAGCAGAGUGCAUUGCCCUGGAGACAAAGAAAAGAGCGGUUGACAAUUUUAAUCAGAAGAAGAUUGUUCAUAGGAAAUCUCUGGAUACGUUUGGGCAGAGAACCUCUCAGUACAGAGGGGUUACAAGACAUAGAUGGACAGGUAGAUAUGAAGCUCAUUUAUGGGAUAGUAGCUGCAAGAAAGAAGGGCAGAGUAGGAAAGGAAGACAAGUGUACCUUGGAGGGUAUGAUAGGGAAGAAAAGGCUGCGAGGGCUUACGAUCUCGCAGCGCUCAAGUACUGGGGGCCAUCGACCCAUCUCAAUUUCGCUUUGGAUGACUAUCAACAAGAACUGGAGGAAAUGAAGAACAUGAGCAGACAGGAACAUGUUGCUCACCUUAGGAGAAAGAGUAGUGGAUUUUCGAGAGGGGCUUCCAUGUAUAGAGGAGUCACAAGACAUCAUCAGCAUGGCCGUUGGCAAGCUCGGAUUGGCCGAGUUGCCGGGAACAAGGACCUCUAUCUUGGAACUUUCAGCACUCAAGAAGAAGCAGCAGAGGCCUAUGACAUCGCGGCCAUAAAGUUCCGAGGAGCAAAUGCAGUGACCAACUUUGACAUCUCAAGGUACAACGUGGAGCAGAUCACAGCAAGCAGCACUCUUCUCCCCGCAGAAAUGGCCAGACGUGACAAGGAGGUCGCGCCAGGUUCAUCAAUGAAGCUUCCGGUCACUGACCCUGCUAACCGAAAGAGGCAACCGGAAUGCCAUCGGUCAUUGGUCUAUCACCUAAGUUGAGCCGAAACAAAGGAGAACUAGCGAGACGGCCGCAUUCUCAUCGAAUUCUUCGUCCCUGUUGACAAGCUUAAGUAGCUCCUGAAAAGGGAGUCCGCCCGUGACCAUUUGGAACGUAGAUCCAACCACCAUCCCAUUGAGGACUCUUCCUGGGUUUCCAACUUUUACUUCUUGAGCAGACUGGUUGAUUUCUUUCUUUUCCUAUGGCAAUAUGUUCUUUUCUUUUUGCAUGGAAAGAGAUGGGAUGACGUAGCUUUUCAGGCAUGGAGAAAACAGUUUGUAUUGGGGUCCAUUCAACGGAAGGAAAUUCUAAACUUGCAAAGUCAA